GCAGUGGUGUGUCUUAUUGUGAAGGAGCAGAGCGGAAGUCACGUGUCUGUUUUCUCUGCGGCUCACGGCUCACUUUAGCCUCAGCGGCUAACUGACCAGUAGGCUGACCGUCGGCCAGAGUGCCGCCGAGCAAGCAGCUCAGUGUGCCGGUGAGUGUACCGCGUGGGACGCCGUGUAAAAUCCACGGAGAGAACUUCAGGAUCACAGCGAGCUGCUAACGCUGCUCUUAACCUCCAUGCUCGGCUAGCAGGGCUAAGAGAGCGGCUUCCAUUAUCGGACGGUCCUGGUGACGGGGCUGAAGCUGUAAGGAGGAGGAGGAGGUGGUCAGGGUGCUGCUGACGGAGCUGUGAGGAGGAGGAGGAGGAGCAGAAAACAUGGCAGCUGAGGCUUGCGGUAGGAGCCGCUGCACCUCCUGCUGUUGAAGCCCGGAGAGCCGCACGGCCAGAUGGAGCCUCUGUGAAGCAGCAGGAUGACUGAAGGUGAGCUCGGAUCAGCUACUUCUCACUGUGCGCGCGCGCAGUAACAGCAGUGUAAUGUAAGGCCAUGCUCGCUCGCCCACCAUGACCAGUGUCACGCUGCGGUACUUCUGUUAUGGCUGCCUCAUCACCUCGGCCACCUGGUCCUUCCUGCUCUUCCUGUAUUUCUCCAUGGGGGCGGAGCCUGACCGCGGCAGGAUCCCCGUGAGGCAACGCGGGCAGCCGAUCACUGAAGGUGUGGCCGAUCGUAGAGGGGGGCGUCGGCCUCUGCUGCCCAGUAAGGGAGUGGAGCUUUCACCAGAGAUGGGGAUGAUCUUCAACGAGGCGGAUCAGGAGGUUCGGGACAGCGGCUACCACCGCCACGCCUUCAACGUCCUCAUCUCCAACAGGCUGGGCUUCCACCGCCAGCUGCCCGAAACCAGAGACGCCCAGUGUCGCGAGAAGUCCUAUCCCGUGGCUCUACCUUCUGCCAGCGUCGUAAUCUGUUUCUUCAACGAGGCGCUCUCUGCCCUGCUCAGGACCGUGCACAGCGUGCUGGACCGCACGCCGGCCUACCUGCUGCACGAGAUCAUCCUGGUGGACGACCACAGCGAGCUGGAGGAGCUGAAGGACGAGCUGGACCGCUACGUCAGGGCGGAGCUUCAGGGGAAAGUCCAGCUGGUGAGGAACCAGAGGAGGGAAGGACUCAUCAGAGGACGCAUGAUUGGAGCCUCACAUGCUACAGGUGAGGUGCUUGUGUUUCUGGACAGCCACUGCGAGGUGAACCAGGCGUGGCUGCAGCCGCUGCUGGCGCCCAUCCAGAAGGACCACCGCACUGUCGUCUGCCCCGUCAUCGACAUCAUCUCCGCCGACACGCUCGCCUACUCGCCCUCCCCCAUCGUCAGGGGUGGCUUCAACUGGGGGCUGCACUUCAAGUGGGACCCUGUGCCCCCCUCCGAGCUCAGCGGGCCUGAGGGAGCAUCCGGACCCAUCAGGUCCCCCACCAUGGCAGGUGGGCUGUUCGCUAUGAACAGGAAGUACUUUAACGAGCUCGGCCAAUACGACGCCGGCAUGGACAUCUGGGGGGGAGAGAACCUGGAAAUCUCCUUCAGGAUCUGGAUGUGCGGUGGUCAGCUGUUCAUCAUCCCGUGCUCCAGAGUCGGCCAUAUCUUCAGGAAACGGCGGCCCUACGGCUCGCCGGGCGGCCACGACACCAUGGCCCAUAAUUCCCUGCGGCUGGCACACGUGUGGAUGGACGGGUACAAGGAGCAGUAUCUCUCUUUGCGUCCAGAGCUGCGCAACCGGAGUUAUGGCGACAUCGGCGAGCGCGUGGCGUUGAGGAAGCGGCUGCAGUGCCAUUCAUUCCGCUGGUACCUGGAUACGGUCUACCCUGAGAUGCAGACUGCGGCCAACGGCAACAAGCAGCAGCCCCUGUUCAUCAACAAGGGCCUGAAGCGGCCCAAAGUCCUGCAGCGAGGACGGCUACGGAACCUCGCCAUCAGACGCUGUCUGGUUGCCCAGGGCCGGGCCAGUCAGAAGGGCGGCGCUGUCGUUCUGCGACCGUGUGACCCCCGAGACCCUGAUCAGGACUGGGCGUACGACGAGGAGGGUCAGCUGAUCCUCGCAGGUCUGCUGUGUCUGGAUGUGUCAGAGGUCAGGACUUUUGACCCCCCGAGACUGAUGAAGUGUCACGGCUCGGGGGGGUCGCAGCAGUGGAGCCUGGGGAAGUCCAACCGGAUCUACCAGGUCUCCGUCGGUCAGUGUCUCGCAGCCGUCUCUCAGCCAAUAGGACAGAAAGGUUACGUCUCCAUGGCGAUAUGUGAUGGCUCACAGACGCAGCAGUGGCAGCUGGAGGCCUGAGGAGGACGCUGCGGCACCAUGGACGGAGGGACGGACUGAUCUCCGAUUCUCACCUGCUUAUUUGAUGUUUCGUGUUUUUCAUUUUAAGCUUGAUGUUUCAAUCGCAGAAGAACUCCGCCACGCCGCACGCCACGCCCAGGCACGCCUGGAACUCCUUCAAGGUCCUUUUAAGGACCUGGAAAGUCCUGGAGUCUGGCGUCGCGGUCGGACUGAUUUAAUCUGAUCCGUGAUCUGAUGUUUACUUGAUUUCAUCAUGAUUUCAGUUCAUAUCUGGAGCCGUGUGCUCGCUUUUUAUGUCUGCGUCAGCCUUCAUCAUGUGAGCUCUGAGGCGUCUCCGACCUCAGAGAAGCACUGCAGGCUUUACUGUAGGGUUUUUAUCGCAUUCACACAGGAAGUGCUUCCAAAGCAGCGCGGCGACGGCACUUCCUGUCCUCCUCAGGUCAAAGGUUGCUGUAAGUCCAGAGGUUUUGCUUCAGAGGUCUGUUAGCUGCAGAGAGCUGGAAUAAAACUGAACACUCGCUCACUGAAGGACUCGGAGCGUCGCCGCUGCUCUCGUGUCUCCUCGUGGAAGCCUGAUGAUGCUGACCCGCCGCUCGUGCACCAGAAUCACGUCUGCAGUUAUUUCUAAUGAGAAGCUUCCUCGAUGAAGUUGGUGUGAGCAUGCACGUGAGAUCAGUUCUGAUGCCACCGAUGAUAGGAAGGAAGGGGGAGCUUACUUACUGUCAGGGUAAUCCACAGUAGGCGUCACAGCCACUUUCCCUCGAGCAGGUUGUUCCCCACGCUCGCUGAAACAUUUCCGUUGCAGCGUGUCAGAACAGGAAGCGCUGCCAUGCUGUCACAGCAGCGACUCGCUCUUUAACCCUCGUUAACCGUGAAGGUCAGAAUGUUGUAAAUGUGAGUUUGUAGAAUAAAAAGUGAGGAUGUGAACCUUUA